CUGAGUGCCUCGGAAUUUAAUAUCACUUUUGGGACUUUGAGAAUGAAAUAGUCGUUAAUGGUAUUUUUAUAGUCUGCACCAUCUAAACAAAGUGCACUCUGGGUGUAAAGUUGUGGUCUGUGAUUUGCUGGGAUGUUUGGAGGCGACGACCAGCCUGUGCGAUUCUGAUGACUCAAGAAGUUGACACAAAAGGCCUUUGAAGAAAGGAAUUUUUACGUUGUGACGGGCUUCUUGGAACCUUGUUACGGAACCUGUUCCACUUUUGGGCAUAAUUUGAAUGCUGUUUCUCCAAGGAGACUUGCCGAAAGAGCGGAUUGGAUGCUUUUGUCACCGGACACAAUGAAUAUGGUGGAUGAUGGCUGCCUGUCAAUGGACACCUACCAUGACCUGGGUAAAGGUGGGGCAUCGGGCAUGGGUGGCCGUGUCCACAGCAUCGAUGUUAUUCUGGGCUUCAGCAAAGACCAGGACCCUCUUCUCAAUCCGGUGGGGCCCGUUGGCACACACAAAGUGGACGGACAUGACCUGGGAGAACAGGAGAAACAUGUGACCUCUGACCCCUACAGUCACCUGCAAAGUGUCCCUGACAACUCACAGCCAUCGGCCUAUCACGAUACUGCCGGGCUUUUCUCCACGGAUAAGUGUGAAGCAGAUUUGGGAGACCCACGGAGUGCCAUGGAGAGUGACAGCCGUUCACCGGACCCCCCUGACGAGGAUCAACCGAAGAAAAAACACAGACGAAACAGAACCACCUUCACGACCUAUCAGUUACACGAGCUAGAACGUGCUUUCGAGAAAUCUCACUACCCUGACGUGUACAGUCGAGAGGAGUUGGCUAUGAAAGUCAAUCUCCCAGAAGUUCGAGUUCAGGUGUGGUUCCAGAAUCGACGUGCAAAAUGGCGGCGACAGGAGAAGAUAGACACUGGCACUAUGAAGCUCCAUGACUCACCCAUGUUGUCCUUUAAUCGACCGCCCAUGCCUUCAAACAUAGGGCCCAUGAGUAAUUCCCUCCCCCUGGACCCUUGGUUGUCUUCUUCGCUCUCCAGUGCCACGCCCAUGCACAGCAUUCCAGGCUUCAUGGGACCGGGCCAAGGCCUCCAGCCCGCCUAUCCAAGUCACCCUGGGUUCCUGAACUCCUCCCCGGGCAUGGUCCAGGGAAUGCAACCCAUGCCACAACCUCCUUACCAGUGUCCCCCGAUGUUUAAUGACAAGUACCCAUUGGAAGACGUGGACCGCAGCUCCAGUAUCGCAGCAUUGAGGAUGAAGGCCAAGGAACACAUUCAGUCCAUGGACAAAACCUGGCAACCCAUGUAGUGGGGAAACAUUGAACUCUACAAUGUUUUACUGGGAUCUUAGAAGUAUAAGCAUUUUUACAAGUGAUUCACUUGGCAAACGCUUUAUCCAAAGCGACUUCCAGUUUAUUCAAGGUUUACACUUUAUCACUCCAUGCAUUUCCUGGGAAUCUUGGCAUUGAGCUACAAGAACAAGUUCAUCAGAUCCGAAUAAUUUCAGAUUAGUACAAGGGUUCACCCAAAUGCCAUAGAUGAGAACUGGCAACGCAAAGAACAUCAGCAUCCUAUUGACGUCAAAAUAGCCUGGCCAAGAAAACGUGUCAUUUUAAAGUAACAGUUCACCCAAAAAUGAAAAUUCU